CCAUCUUGUGAGGUCAUCAAGGUGCGCCACCAGAUCGGCUGUCAGGGAUUGUUACCAUAUGUAGAGGCGUUUGCACCAUUUGCUAAUUAAAAAAAUACAACCUCCUUAUAAAACACUACAUUUACCAAUGGAGCAAACGGAACAAAGUAUGCCUAACGUUUCAGAAGAAAAGGGCAACCUGUCGGCUUCAAAGAGAAGAGCGGAAAUCAGGAGAAGAAAACUGCUGAUGAAUUCGGAGGAAAGAAUGAAGAGGAUAACGAGCUGUAACAAAGGCGAUGCCGCUGGCCAUGCUUUAAACAGUGAACAGCAUUCAGAGCCCAGAGUUCCAGUGCAGCUUGACAAGCCAGAGUCCCUGACAUCCUCAGGACUUUCUAAAAGGCUUACCGUUUACUCAGAUGAAGAUACCAAAACUGCUGCAGGCCUGACAAACCAUCAAGGACACUUGGAUGAUUUCCAAGGAACUCCCAUUUGUGAUUCUAGAAAUUCUAUGGGUGAUGUCCUGGAUGGCAACAAUGAUAGUCCUGGGGAACUUCGGAUCAGGCCUAGAAGCGAGAUGUCCAUAGAUGGAACCCAGCGCUCUCCUCGUCGUGGUCUGCACCAAUACUUGUCUCGUUUUGAUGAAGCAAUGAAUCUCCGCACCCAGUUGAUUAAUGAAAAGCCUGCCCCAGAGAGCAGUCCCGGGAAUGAAGAGUUAGAUGCAUUUCGUAUUUUCAGACUGAUGGGCAGUGUUAUUCUGGCUGUUGUUGUCAGAAUGUUUGUUUGCAAAUAUUUGUGUAUAUUUGCUCCAUUUUUGACACUUCAGCUAGCAUAUAUGGGUUUGUACAAGUAUUUUCCAAAGGGUGAAAAGAAAAUAAAAACCACAGUGUUGACAGCUGCUCUUCUUCUUUCUGGAAUACCAUCAGAAGUAAUCAACCGCUCUAUGGACACAUACAGUAAAAUGGGCGACGUGUUCACUGACCUCUGUGUAUAUUUUUUCACAUUCAUCAUCACUCAUGAAAUGCUUGUCAUCCUUGGAUCAGAGACCCCAUCAUAAUCCUUCAACACUUGUUUUAAUACUUUAUUUUGCAUUCUCUACAAGUGACUCUUUUUUUUUUCCUGCCUUGAGUUCCCUAAACUCUGUGAUGUCUUACAAAAAUGUCUUGUCAGAAACCAUAGUUUAAACGUGUAAGUUCUAUUUUACUGUGAACUCAGCAUCACUAUUAUAGAGCUGAGGGGUUAUAACAGCAAUCAGUUAUAUUUUUGAUCAACAGGUAAGUACUUACAGGAAGAUGCUUUAUAAAUACAUUACAUUGCAUUAUACAGUAAGUGGUCUGUUUUCAAUUUUUUUUCAUUCUUUAUUCUAUCAUAGUUUUAUUUUUUAUUUUUUAUAAAUUAAAAUCAAAAUAAUUUGUGUUUGAAUCAUAUGUUAAGUGACAGAUGGCCCAUCCAGUUAUAUGAAACAUUAUAGCAAUGCACAGAGAAACAUGAAUUAACUCUGUUGUUUUAUUAUUUCAAUUACAAGUGUCACAUUGCUACUGACACAUCACUCUUAACUAGGCACUUGACCUUUCUGAGGACUUUGUGUACCAUUUGGAAAAUAAUAAUUGCUAAUCUCAUCAUAAAAUCAUUAGAUUAGGAUCUCUCCGACAGUAUUUACACUAGGAUGCUUUGUACUAUUGCAAAAACUUUGGACAUGGAACAUACUGACAAAGGUAUGGGCUUUGUUUGCCCCCUAAUAAUGUUUACAAAUAUGCAAUUUACAUGAACAAAAUACCUGAAUCGAAAGAAAGUCUGGAGUUAAAAAUGUUGGUGAAGUUACCAAUUGUUAUUAAGACUGAAAAUCUAGUUUCCGUUAAAACAUAGCAUAAGCUUUAAACCUUUCCACAAACAUUGCAACGUACUGCUGCUACACUGUUAUAUUCAGGGUCAGUUUCACUUUAAAACUAUUUGGUCCAUCACACUACAGUUGGUUACCUAAUAGCUGAGGCUGUUCAACAUUUAAGGCAACCCGUUUAAUUUCAUCACCUUCAAAGUGGGCCAAAUAAAGAUUGAUUCUGAAAGGUGGCUCAAGGAAGCAUAAAACUGAUAUAAAACAUGGAACUUUCUGAUAAUGAAAAUUAAGUUGAAAUAUAGUGGUUUAAGUAAUACACAUUUAAAGGAUUACAUACAUAAUGACUAAUUAAGUGUAUCCAGCUUCUGCUGUUUCUGGUGUAAGCCUGAAAAUGUUUGUUACAUAAUGCUUCUUGACUUUAUAUACAUAUAUACACAU